AUGUUAAAACCGUUUGCUUUAAGUUCAUCAAAAUCAGCUGUAUUCGGGUUUACCGAUGCUUUACGUGAAGAGAUUCUGAAAUUAGGGAAAACUGGAGUGAAAACUACAACAGUUUGUCCAUCAUUUGUUUCUACUGGAAUGGUUAAGCAGAUUAAGGACAAGUUAAUGAAAAUUUCUACACCGGAAACAGUGGGCGCUGAAGUCGUUAAUAGUAUUCAGUGUGAUGAAGAGCAUGUUUAUAUACCUAGAGACCUCCAUUUUGGAUUGAAACUGCAAAUGUUCUUUCCACUCAAGUUUGUAAGAUGGUUAAAAGAAUUUGGAGAACAAGGCAUCGUCCCACAGUAUGAUCCGAAUGCAUAA